UUAGCUUUCAGAGAGCAGAGAAAUUUUCACCAGUGCGGACGUAGAACAGGCUCGAAUCAGGAGGUUUUUUUUUUAUUUAUAGCUAAACCGAAAUUAAAAUAAAAAAGGUUAAACGCUUUCUGUAAACUCCACAAGGCAUAGAAUAUCUUGAGCUACCUUAAAGUGUAGCCAGCGGAGGAAGCUCCGUUUAUUGGGUGUGCUGCCAAACAUAACCUGAAAAAAAGCAACGCCUGAGAAACUGAAACGAUUUAUAUACAUAUAGCAAACUGAAUUCCUAAAUCCUGCGGCUGCAACCCAACCCAACCCACAGCACACAGCAAGCGACCACAAAUACAUAGUAUGAAUGUCGCCUAAAUAUCAUCAUUUCGAGAUUGCACUGGUCUACUUUCUGCUGCUGAUACCAUGGCCGCCCACGAAUGUCAUCAAGAUUCUCUGCUCGCGUGAUAACAGCCGGCUGGUGCGCAAGAUAGUCCGCUCCAAAUGGACGCCCAUAUUGGAUAAGCAUCAGGUGAAGCUCCCGCUUGAGUGCCCGCUGCAUCCGUUUCGGGAUGUCUUUGCCCCGCGCCAAGAUGCCAAGCAACGCGAUCGUCCCACCCAGUGGACGUGUCGUCGGUGUGGCAAGAGCUUCUACCAGGAACGGCAUCUGGAUCUGCACUUUGACACACGCCACAAGACGAUCAUCAAUGAGGCAAUGGACUCCAUUUGUCUGGCCGAUUUCUGUGACAUCAUGCGCUGCGAGGUGUUCGAAACGGAGGAUGCCACCAGCCUCAAGUUCGGGGAUCACAUUGUCACGGACAUUGAAGUCUGGGGCGAUUCCCUGGGCCAGAACUCAGCGUUGGCCAAAGCGAAUGCCGCAUACUUGAGCUUAAUACCAAGAACUUCCACAUUGGGUGCCUCGCGUGCCGCCAAAGUACAAAACCGUCAAUUACUCCAAGACAAGCCAAUCCAGCCGUCGAGCAGCAGCAGCAGCAGCAGCAGUAGCAAGGAGCAGCAGUCGCCCGCAGUCAACCCUCUUCGCUCAGAUCCAGCAGCAGGAGAGGAUGGUUCGGCGGCCAGGCCCAAGUCCGCUGGGGAGAAGCUGCUGAAGAAACUCAAGGAGCUGGGCCUGAAGCGCGGCGGCGGCGACGAAUCCGCGGACGGUGACUCCGAGACGAAGCUAAACGAAACGGAGGAGAAGGAGGAGCAGAGCGGUGACGAUGCGGAGGCCAGUGGCCAGCAGGAUGCGGCCAAAAUGGAGGAGGGUUCGGGCAACGGCAAUGGCGUAAAGGCCAGGGCCAACUGCAAGCCCGAGGAGCUGAGCAAACUGAAGACGCGCUGCGAACUCCUGCUGAGGAGCUGCAUAGGCGGACUCCUGCUGUCGAUGUCCGAUCAGGCCUUCAAGGAGAUGGAAGAGGAGAUGAACAAGGCCGUGUGCUGGUACCUCACCUGCGAUCGCUAUUGGGAGGAUGGUCCCUUGGAGCCGCGUGCCUUCCCCUGGGGCCUCAUUGUCAUCCUCAUCUUUGUGCUGUCGACGGGCAUUUGCUUCUGCUACUACAUCAUCUGGAUACUCUUCGACUCCGAAGAGACGACAAUCAAUGCCAAUCACUACGUGCCGGGCGGCAUCGGCGGCACACACACCAGCAGCAGCAGCAGCAGCAUCUACAUGCCCGGUGCCCACCAUCACUACCAUGUCGAUUAUGCGACGCGACACGACCUCGACCUGGACGGCGGCGGGAUACCUGGUCUGAGUGCGGACCAGCAGCUGGAGCUGGAGAUGGAACAGCAGCAACGAGAACAGCAGCAGUACUACUACCAGCAGCAGCAACAGCAACAGGCGGCAGCCGCUCGAGAUUUGUACCCCGAACCAGUGCAAUAUCAUCGGCACAGUCCGCGUCACUACAUCGCCGAUCCGCGUCAAGUGGGUCAGGUGGGUCAGGGUCAGGGCACACCCACAGCCGGGGGCGUACGCCAAGUGGUGGUAUCGUCCUCCUCCAACGCCAAUACGCCACUGCACCAUCAUCCGCUCCAGCAUCAGCAGCAGCAUCAGCAGCAGCAGCAUCAUCCGCACCUGCAGCAUCGCCACUCGACAAGCCUGGGCUACCCACAGGACAUUUUAGACCGACGCGACUAUACAAGUAGCUCUGGCCGACCCAUAGCCACCAGUGUGGUGAGCAGUGCCUCAGCCUCUGGCAUCGGAGGCGAGGCCCAGCAGCAGCAGCGCCACUACAACACGCAUCCCCGUCCACUGGAGACGCGUCACCGGCAUGUGGGCUCAUCGCAGCAAUCGCUGCGCGCCUCCUCCUCCAACCAGGAGAUUGUGCAGAACGAGGCAGGGCUGGGCCAGAACGAGCACUACAUCUAUGUCACGUAUCCGCCAGAUCUGAAGAAGCGCUACUUCGACAGCUACGAGUAGGGCACCCACUCGGCAGAGGGAGGAUCAGCGAGAGCGAGGAGAAGCAUUCAUGCUGAUAUUACUAUGGAGACUGCAGUGCAGAGCCUUCAGCAGAGAGACAGAGAGACCAAAGAGCCCUCGAAGGAGAGCACAAAAACGAAACGAAACCAAAGUUAGAGUUCAAGCGAUGGAUAAGCGAUGGCAGCGAUGGGUAACGAUCCUGGAACGAUCCUUGACUCGAGCCUACCCCCAGAGUUGGUUUUUUACUUUUAGCCUGCAAAUUCUAGAUUUGUGAACUGUGCUGUUCUUUUUUAAUUCUACAAAAUAAAUUGCAAUAUUUCUGUACAAUAGCAAAGCUCGAA